AAAUGAGCUGUGUGAGGUCCAGCCCUCAGAGAGCAGCUUCAGCUUCAGAAUUACUCCACAGGGACAGGCAGCGCUGACACCGUGCUUCUUGCUCUGGCAAGACUCCAUCCAGCCCUAUGGCACAGCACAUUGCUUCUUUUCUCCUACUUGUCCUCACCCUGGCAAGCUCAUCCUUUGCACGCCGAAAGCUCCUGCUCUUCUUGAUAGAUGGUUUUCGCCAUGAUUAUAUCAACGAUGAAGCACUUGAAUCCUUGCCAGGCUUCAAAGAAAUUGUGAACAAGGGAGUGAAAGCGGAUUAUUUGAUCCCAGACUUUCCGAGUCUUUCCUAUCCAAACUAUUACACCCUGAUGACUGGUCGCCACUGUGAGGUCCAUCAAAUGACUGGAAACUACAUGUGGGACCCAGCUACGAACACAUCUUUUGAUAUCGGCGUGAACGAAGACAGCCUCUUACCUCUUUGGUGGAAUGGAUCAGAGCCACUGUGGGUCACUAUGAUGAAAGCAAAAAGGAAAGUCUUUAUGUUCUAUUGGCCUGGAUGUGAAGUUGAAAUCCUUGGAAUCAAACCUAGUCGUUGCCUCCCUUAUUACAGUGUUCCAACUGAUGCCGAUUUCUCCCGUGCUGUAAAUAGCGCUAUUCAUGUUCUGAGCAGUAACACAGCAGAUAUGGCAGCAGUAUAUUAUGAACGGGUUGAUGUCGAAGGUCAUCAUUACGGCCCUUCGUCCAUUCAGAGGAAGAAUGCUGUAAAAGCAGUGGAUAAUGUUUUGUACAACUUGACUAAACUUAUCAAGGACAAGGGCCUGCAGAAUGACCUGAAUGUCAUUCUUUUCUCGGAUCAUGGGAUGACUGACAUUUCCUGGACGGAUAAACUGAUUGAACUGAGAAACUGCAUCAACAUGAGCGAUGUUAUACAAAUAAAGGACCGAGGGCCUGUUGUAAGCCUGUGGCCAGCCAAAGGCAAGGAGCUUGAGAUAUAUAAUAAACUAAAAAAUGUGCAACACAUGGCAGUGUACCUGAAAGAAGAUAUCCCAGCUAGAUUCUAUUAUAAAAAAGGGAAAUUUGUAUCUCCUUUGACACUUGUUGCUGAAGAAGGAUGGUUCAUAGUAGAGAGCAGAGAAACUCUUCCAUUUUGGGAGAACGGCACAGGAAAAAGAGAAGCCUGGCAGAAUGGCUGGCAUGGCUAUGACAAUGAACUGAUGGACAUGAGAGGAUUCUUCCUUGCAUUUGGGCCAGAUUUCAAGAGUAACUUCAGAGCAGCACCCAUCCGAUCGGUUGAUGUUUAUAAUAUUAUGUGCAAUGUUGCAGGGAUACAGCCACUGCCGAACAAUGGAUCCUGGUCGAGAGUGGCGUGUAUGUUAAAAAAUAAUGCCAGUUUGGCACAGACAUUCCAGUGGAGCAGCUCUGUGCUGGCACUAAUUCUGUUUGUGUUGUUUGUAUAACAGACCUUGUUACUCUGGUUCCAAUACAAUGUCAGUCAGUGUAUCCAGUUUUUCCCCCCUAUUUGCCACUUGAAUAGCAGCUUUAACAGAAUGCUGUCUGGAAAAAAUUAUACAAAUUCAGGCCCCCAAAGCCCUGCCUACUUUCAAGUGCUUAUGCACUCUAAGAAACAAGAGAUCUAUCUAUCUAUCUAUCUAUCUAUCUAUCUAUCUAUCUAUCUAUCUAUCUAUCUAUCUAU